CCAAAAUGACAGCACUUUUGGAAUGAUAAGUUUUUGAAUAAUUUUGGCAACCAACUUGUUUUUGCUAAAGAUUUUUUAUGUGACACAAUUCUCUGUGAUAUUUGUGGAUGUUUUGUGACAGAUGAUCAUGAUGAUGACCUGUAGUGCAAGCUGUAGAGGCUGUACUGUGCACACUUGUCUGUUACUGACAACUGAUAACUCCACUGAAGUGUUGUAAGGUGAUGUUUUACUGCCAUUAGAAGCUUUGAACGCUGGGCAAGAUGUUGAUCAGGAGGAUGGUUUGGUGAUAGCAGGGUCUGGUGUAUCUGCAGCAGACUACCGGUAAUCGGGUUCAUCCUAGUGUGUUCAGUUGUUUUGCAUAUUGGUGAGAGUUUCAGUGGACUAGUUGUUGAUGUUAGGUUUAGAUGGACUCGAGCACUCGAUCAGGGAAGAUAACUCACAUCCACAGAACUAGUUGUUGAGUUCAUAGAAGGAAAAUAAUGUUGACUAGUAUUCUGAUGGGAACUCAAGCACAGGUUAGGUAUAGAUGGACUCGAGCACUUGAUCAGGGAAGAUAAUUCACAUCAGUGGAACUAGUUGUUGAGUUCAUAGAAGGAAAAUGAAGUUGACUAGUAUUCUGACAGGUACUCAAGCACAGGUUAAGUAUAGAUGGACUCGAGCACUAGAUCAGGGAAGAUAAUUUGCAUCAGUGGAACUAGUUGUUGAGUUCAUAGAAGGAAAAUAAAGUUGACUAGUAUCCUGAUGGGUACUCAGGCACAGGUUAGGUAUAGAUGGAUGCAAGUAUUUGAUCAGGGAAGAUAACUCCCAUCUUCAUUCUUUAACACUCAUGUUGCAGACACGAACGAAAAACAGACCAGGGUCUGGUCGCAUAUUGACUUUUAUGAUGCUGAGAAAAAAGGAGGAAAUGUCAAAUGUGUGUCAUACUAUUUAGGUAGUUGAUUAUGGGUGGGUUUUGAGACGUGGUAUUGAAGUUGGUUUUCUCCUACUCAUCAGAGUUUGUAGUUAGAUGUUUGCUAGAUGUGUGUGUUAUUUGUUGUAGAACUCUUGUGACAGAAUGCUGUUCAUUGUCUCUCUGUUAUAUCAUCUCCAUUACAUCAUCUCUCUGUUACAUCGUGGCGUUUGAUCUCAGGAUUUGUAUGAUUUUAAUAUUUGGCUCACAUGUCGCUAUUGAUAUGAUGAAGACAGAGUGUUGCUCUUAUUUUGUCCAAUUGUAUUCACACAGUUUGAGAAGGAACGAUGUAGAACAAGUAAUAACAAGUUAGAAUAGAAUGCCUUAACACCCUUAAAUCUUACAUCUAUCCUUACCUUGCUUAUGGUUAUGUGUGCUAUAUAGCACCUUUGUAGUGUGUCAGGGCAUGCCAUCAUGGUGCAGAGUUACCUCCUCUGCAGUGUUGAAGCCAAUUCUCACAUUCACAAUUGAUUUUGUGAUUAGGAAUGUUAAAAACACACUGAUUCAAAAUCAAGCAUGUUUUGUGUUAUGUUAUUGAAAUUGAUAUCACUUUUGAAUUUUUUCAGAUAUAACAUAUACUUUCUUUCUCACUUGUUGCAGUACAGUCAAGGGAGCUAGGUAACUCUGAUUUUGAACUCUGCUUUUUCAGGGGGCAUUGGUGGCCCAGUCGUCUAAGUUGCAGCAAUUCGCUGUGCAGACUUGCGUUACAUAGGCCAGAAACCUUAUGAGUUUGCUUCACAUCCCAGAUUCUCCCUGAUUAUCUUUCUAGGUUUGUCAUUACCAUGAUUACCAUACUCAUGGGUUUCACCAAAGUGGUAAACGUUUGAGACCUGCAUCACUUUGGCUUUCCUCCCACAUCAAGCUGACACACCGUGAUAUAUCUGAAGUACUGUGCAACUUUGCAUUAAACAAAACUCACUCUCUCACUCUAGAAGUGAGACUCCACAUGGAUGAUUGUUGUCACAUCAUUUGUCUCAGUUUAUGGAUUCAGAGACUGUUCCACAGCAAACAAGGCACUACAGCGAUCGUAUCCCCCAUAUUCUAACAUAGACUUACGAUCAUUCUAGCGCUAAGAUCGCUCUUUGGAACGGGCUCAACACUCUCUCAUUUCAGUAAACCUACACUAACCCCUGGAUCCAUUCCUGUGGUUCAUACAAUCUCAAAUUACCCGCCCUUGAUUUUCAUCAGCCAUUUUGAUUAAGCUACAUAGUCUAACGGACCAGUAUGUAUGAGAAUUAAAAACCAUCCUCAAUGUUGGAUUGGCAAUAUCUACAACAUGGCAGUCAAAUAGAGUUUGCAAGAAAUUCGACUUUGAAAAACUGACUGACACGCAAAAGAAAGCCUUCAAAGAUCAUUUUGAUGGAAAGGAUGUCUUUAUGUCCAUUAAGACUGAGGGUGGCAUGUCCUUUUUCCAUAUUGUUGAUUGGUUGAUGAAAUGUUGAUGAAAUGUUGAUGAAGAUCAAGGGAGGGUAAUUUGAGAUCCAGGGGUUGGUUUAGGUUUACUGAAAUGCGAGCCCUGGAGAUAUAGAGGAUGAAAUUCUGUUUGAAAUGUUUCAUGCUCAUCUCUAUGUUGUUGAAUGAUGUUCUUGUGGUUUAUAGCCUUUAGAUUCUUAUGUCAUAAAUAUAUGAACAUAUCACGAUUGUGUGGAACGGCAUCAGUGUUUGUUGCUACCAAUGUGUGUUGAUAAGUGGUUCAUGUUUUAAAAAGACUUUCCUAAAUGAUAUGUAAUAAUAUGUAUGCUUUUCUACAUUUAUAGUUUAAGAUCCUAGUUCUAGCUGGAAAUAUAGUUGGAGGAUGCAAGAUAUCUGUGAUACAGGAAUAUAAAGGUGAUUAAGAGGCUGAACCUAGUAGUGUAGAAUAACAUAAUACAAUGCCUCCUAUCAGAUUACUCAUGUUAACACAGUGCUGAAGUAUUUGUAUUGUGUUUUGAAAAAUCAAGUUGGACCAUGCAUGAUAUUACCAUUUUAGUAGAUUUUAGAAAGUUGUGAGAUUAGUGUUAAUCAGUUCUUGGUAGUCUUUGAUAGGCAUUUAGAAGUUGGAAGACAUGAAUUUACAAAUAUUUGGAUAACAUGGUUCUUGGUUUUCAUUAACAAAACAUGAAUAGACGACAAGUUGGUUACUUUUCGUCUGGUCUUAUUCCCCGAAGAGAGGAUAGACAUUUUUGUGUCAACAUAGGUUUUGAAGAAUGAAAUAUUUUUUUUAUAUUUCUCUUAGCAAUUGUUGAAAAAUAACUUAUGGAAUAAUAUGAAUAUAAUAUUGAUUGUGCUUUUAAGGUUUUUCCAAAGGCGAUUUUAAGUUUAUUGUGGACCUAAACCUAUCUUUGCUGUCCAUAUUUGGCAAGUUUAGUGUUUAAGUACCUAAAUCUGGUGGUAAUCUGUUCAUGAUCAGACAAUCACUACCAAACAACUUUGUAAUGUUUACUUAAUUUGGUUCAGACAUGCUGUGUCUUUGUUCCAAUUGUAUGCUGUGAAAAGUUCCUCUUUGCUGUUUUUACUGUGGGUAUGCCCCUCUGUAUGUCUGUGUAUAUCAUGGCAUCCCUGUGACAUCUCAUCCAAGUAGGAGUAGAGGGGAAGUCAGAUUAAGUGGGCCACAUGUCACUGGCGAUACAAACAAGGGGCACAUCAGUGGGUCUGUACAGAUACAAACAAGGGGCACAUCAGUGGGUCUGUACGGAUACAAACAAGGGGGACAUCAGUUGGUCUGUACAGAUACAAACAAGGGAGACAUCAGUGGGUCUGUACAGAUACAAACAAGGGGUACUUCAGUGGGUCUGUACAGAUACAAACAAGGGAGACAUCAGUGGGUCUGUACAGAUACAAACAAGGGGCACAUCAGUGGGUCUGUACAGAUACAAACAAGGGGGACAUCAGUUGGUCUGUACAGAUACAAACAAGGGGUACUUCAGUGGGUCUGUACAGAUACAAACAAGGGGCACAUCAGUGGGUCUGUACAGAUACAAACAAGGGAGACAUCAGUGGGUCUGUACAGAUACAAACAAGGGGCACAUCAGUGGGUCUGUACAGAUACAAACAAGGGGUACUUCAGUGGGUCUGUACAGAUACAAACAAGGGGCACAUCAGUGGGUCUGUACAGAUACAAACAAGGGAGACAUCAGUGGGUCUGUACAGAUACAAACAAGGGGCACAUCAGUGGGUCUGUACAGAUACAAACAAGGGGCACAUCAGUGGGUCUGUACAGAUACAAACAAGGGGCACAUCAGUGGGUCUGUACAGAUACAAACAAGGGGCACAUCAGUGGGUCUGUACAGAUACAAACAAGGGGCACAUCAGUGGGUCUGUACAGAUACAAACAAGGGGCACAUCAGUGGGUCUGUACAGAUACAAACAAGGGGCACAUCAUGUACAGUUACAAACAAGGGGGACAUCAGUGGGUCUGUACAGAUACAAACAAGGGGCACAUCAUUGGGUCUGUACAGAUACAAACAAGGGACACGCCAGUGGGUCUGUACUGAUACAAACAAGGGGCACAUCAUGUACAGAUACAAAUGGUAAGAUGUCUGCGUGAUAAAAGAUUGAGUUUAUAUGUCAUCAACAUGAUGCUAGGUAGAUAUGGUUUUGACAGAUUGUAGCGUAUGGAUGAUUCCUAGCUGGUAUUAUUUUACCAUACCUGAUAUUUAUUUCUUGUUAUUAUUUUGUUAUGUACCAUGCCUAGUGCGCAAUUUUGUGUGAUACUUACAUGGAAUAAAAUA